AUGCCUGCCCGUCCGGUCACCAGAGGGUCCAAAUCCGGGGCAAAGCCGCCUCCCCCGAAAGGAAAGCCAACAGCGAAAACGAGGACCACUGCCAGCAGCGCUGCCCCAACAAAGAAGGUCCCUCGCUCGAGAACCUUCACAGGCUGCCGCACCUGCAGAAGUCGCCAUCUCAAGUGUGAUGAGGCCCGCCCAGUAUGCUCGUCCUGCCGCCGCCUCAAUCUCGUCUGUGAGGGCUACGAUGGCCAGCUCCUGUGGAUUCCGGACCCCCUGUGCUCCGCUGAGCAGAAGCAUGCUCAUCGCGGCACUUCCUAUCGGUACCCGCUUUUCACCGAGGAAGAGAGGAAGACAAUGAGUGUCGAGAUUGUGACGAGCAUGGGGCGCCAGUCUGCCGGCGACAUUGUUCUGGAUCUCGACGAGAAAAGCGUCCAUGCCGAUGACGCCCAUGUAGCUGGUCCGUUUGGCGUGUUCAGGGCCUUUGAUGGCUCUACGGAUUCUGGAUCUUCGCCAUUACAGCCCUCUGCGUCUGGAAGCUCGCCUGAUACCUCGCAAUCUGAUGCCUUGCCAGAGACGAUGAAUGGCGAGCUCGCUGAAGACAUCGAGGAUAUUGUAAUCGAGCCUUGGUCCGUUGACGAUAACUCUUUAGCCAUGGAGCCAUAUUUCUUACCUGGACCGUUUGACAACUUCAGUACCGAAGGCAUCAUCAAUAACAUGAGCCAGCCGUGGAUGCACGGCGAAGGGUCCGGAAGUUUGUCUCAUAUGAUGGCAAUGGACAACUCUGCACUAGAUCUUCUCUUUUCGCCAUUAUCGCCGCGCACGCCAGCAAUGGCUCAUACCGAGCUUGGGCCAGCUAAUGAUACAAAUACCCAACGCCAGAACCAUGAAAGAGAGGAAAACCAUACAGAAGAACCGACCAGUCCUUCGACAGACGAGCAAGACUUAUCGAUCUCGCGCAAGCUUUCUACCUCCUUGACUAAUAAUAUGCCGGACUAUGGAAUCGUCAUCAUCAGUCAAGGGUAUGAGGAUAUCACCGUGGCAGCUCUGGCUCCUCCCCUGCGCUCUGGAAACCUUUGCCGAACUGUCGCUUUGGAACACCACUUCGCAUACCCGUCACAGUAUCUUGUGUACAUUGCUGGCGAAGAGUGCCUUUCAUAUGCAUCAAUCUUCGAAGAAAGAAAGCCAGAAGUCAACCACACGGCUUUACAAGGCGAAUCUGAUGAGCCAAGUCAGGCCAAAUACAACGAGAUCCUUAUGGCCAUUCUUGCCACAGCCAUGGUAUCGGUUCUUUAUAAUGGAUCCCGCGCAGUAAAGAUCUUCCUCCUCGAUGCCGAACGUCUAAUCCGUCUCCGUGGCCUUGCGAUGCCCAAAUCCUUCCACGUCCGCGUACUACACCAUGUCUACACACACCUUCGCGUCAUUGCAGAGAGUACGGACAUUGCUAUAGAGUCUGUAAAAUCCCAAGCGCAGGCAGCAACCGAGAUGGCGGUGUCACUCCGCAAGUUUCGUAUUGCAGAAGAUUCUCUCGGCGCCGACCUCGACUUGUCACGGGAGAAGCCCGCAGAGGUGGGCUACGCGGACAUUCAUCUCGACAUUUCUGGCCACUGGCCUGUAACGAUGUACCCAGAAAUAUAUGGGGUGCCAGAGUCGCUGAUGACGUUGCUGUCGCAGACCAUUAGCUUCGCCAAUGAAAAGACCAAGCUGGAAGCCAUGGCCAUGUACGACCACCGCAUCUCAGUGGCCUUGUCGCGCCAUAUCAAACAAUUGGAGCAGAAUAUUUGGUCUUGGUCACUGGGAUCGUCGGAUAUGCAAAGUGGGCCAAGCCGUCCGCGAGAACUCGUUACUCAAGAGACGAAGCUCGUAGACCAUCCUCUCAUCCGAUCCUUGACGCUUGCCAUGCACCAGGCACUUAUCAUCUACUUUUACCGUCGCGUCUACAACAUGAGCGCCAUGGUAAUUCAGGAUUCUGUACGUAAGACGCUCGAUUUCAUUCAGCCGUGCCUCGAAGAGACAGCGGACGAUCACGACUUUGCGACGAGCAUAGGGUGGGCAGCUUUCGUUGCUGCGUGCGAGGCUACGACGCCUGAUUUACAAGAGAGGGGGCUCAAGGUGCUUCAGACAAUUGAUAAUAGUGGCGUGAUAUUUGGUACGGAUAAGCCUAGUGUUCUGGCCCAGAGUGUAUGGGAAAAGAGGACGGAGACCGGUGAUUGGACCCUGAGCUGGCCGGACAUGAUGAAAACCAUUCCGAGGUAUGGCGUGUGGAGCUCUUCUGUAUUUAGAACUCAAGAUCCCGACCUUUCCCAAGAAAUCUAUGCGAGCUCCCCCAUCGACCAACAAUUCCUCAACCUCUAA